GCUCAUUAAUAACCUGAUUAUUCAAAUCAUAAUUGUAAUCAUAAUGAAAUAUUAAAAUAAAAGUAUGCAGUUUGUUUUAAUACACAGAUUUUUACAGUCACAUUCCUCAUAGAUCUAUGCGCUUAGAUCUGUCUGACUGAACCCAACCAGAGAAACAGGACAGGGGGGCAUUAUUUGACUGUAUCUGUUAGCGCAGCAGUUAGCACAGCGGUUAGAAUAUCAGGUAGCACAGCAGUUAGCAUAUCGGUUAGCACAACGGUUAGCAUAUCGGUUAGCACAGCAGUUAGCAUAUCGUUUAGCAUAUAUGUUAGCAUAUCUGUUAGCACAGCAGUUAGCAUAUCGUUUAGCAUAUCUGUUAGCAUGGCUCCAGGUCCAGUUGGUAAGUAAACGAGCCUCUGAAGCUUCACUGCUGAUGGUUUCGGCCAUUUUGAGUGAAGUCAAAGUAAGAAGUGAUGGAUGAUGAGUGAAAAUGUUCAAACUGGGAAACAUUGACUGGAAAGUGAGACAGAAAUGCAACCAGUUCAACGUUUCUGUCUGUAAUGAUUCAGUGAAACCAGGGAAUAAAAAUCAGCAGAUGCUUUAUGAUAUGAUUUACAGGCUGUUAGCAGCACAUUUAAAUUUGAUCCUCCUGAAUGUUCCUGAGGAGAACCGAACCGACCCGAUUCUGUGGUUCUGGUUCCGCUGAUCAAACUCACCAGCAAGAGAAAACAGAUUUACUGCGACAGCAGAGAGGAACACUCAGCCUGGGGCCCCUGGACCCCCGGUCUCCUGAACCCCUCGGGCCCCGGUGUGCGUCAUGACGUCACAGCCCGUCGUAGUAGGUGAUGACGUAGAGAGCAGAGCGGCGUCGCUGACCGGCGGAAAGAGGGCGAGCGUCCUGCACGAGGACAGGUGAAUCACCAUGACAACAGAGCCCAGUGAAGCCCAGCCCCCAGAGGCGGAGCCUUUCCCUGAAGCCGCCGCCCACUCCACACCUAAACAGGGAGCAGAGGGCCCAGCUCAGAGCUCAUUGGCCGAGGACUCCAGCAGUCUGCUGUCGUCGGGCGGACGUGUCGCUCGCUCUCCGGCCAGAACCGCGCUGGGCUUCAGAACCAUGCAGACCCGGGUGGCGCUGCUGGACGGGUCGCAGUUCACCUGCAUCAUGGAGAAACGAUCUCGAGGUUUGCAGCUGUUUGAGAAAGUUUGUGAUCACCUCAACCUGCUGGAGAGAGAUUACUUCAGCCUGUCCUUCAGAGACGCAGACAGCAACAAGAACUGGUUGGAUCCUGCGAAGGAGAUCAAGAAGCAGGUCAGAGGCGUUCCCUGGAACUUCUCCUUUAACGUAAAGUUUUACCCUCCGAACCCGGCCCAGCUGUCUGAGGACAUCACCAGGUACUUCCUGUGUCUGCAGCUCAGACAGGAUGUCGUUUCCGGACGUCUUCCAUGUUCCUUUGCAACUCACGCCGUUCUUGGUUCCUACACGGUUCAGUCGGAGCUCGGAGACUACGACUCUGAUGAAUGUGCUCCAGACUACGUCAGUGAGUUGUGUUUCGCUCCAAACCAAACCAAAGAGAUGGAGGCCAAGAUCAUGGAUCUGCACCGGACCCUCAGAGGAAUGAGUCCAGCAGAAGCCGAGAUGCAUUUCCUGGAGAAUGUGAAGAAACUCUCCAUGUACGGAGUGGACCUGCAUCACGCCAAGAUGGCAGGAAGCCGUUUUGACUGCCUGUCUGCUCAAUCAGAGGACUCGGAGGGCGUGGCCAUCAUGCUGGGCGUGUGUAACAGCGGGCUGCUGGUGUACAGAGACCGGCUGAGAAUCAACCGAUUCUCCUGGCCGAAGAUCCUGAAGAUUUCCUACAAACGGAACAACUUUUACAUCAAGAUCCGACCUGGAGAGUUUGACCAGUUUGAGUCCAUCAUUGGCUUCAAGCUGCUGAACCACAGAGCAGCCAAGCGGCUGUGGAAGGUGUGUGUGGAGCAUCACUCCUUCUUCAGGCUGCUGUCUCCUGAGGAACCGCCAAAGAAGUUUCUCUCUCUGGGGUCAAAGUUUCGCUACAGCGGUCGGACCCAGAUUCAGAGCCGCAGAGCCAGCGCUCAGAUAUCCAGACCCGCUCCCAACUUCCCACGAUGCAUCAGCAAGAGGAACAUGCUGAGCCGGAGCCUGGACGGAGCUUCCAGGACCACAGCAACGUCUUCUCUGAUUGGCUCUCCUGCCAUCACUGUGUCGCUCAAAGCCAACGGUCAAGCUUACUCAGACAUGGGCUCAGGACUGUAUGCAGCAUCAAAAGCCAUCGCUGUCAGCGACCACAUCGCCACGGUAACCAGGACGCUGGACGACAGGAGGGAGGAGCCAGUUGAGGAGGUUCUGCUGCUGCUGGUGCAGGAGGAGCAGAAAGAGGAGCAGAAAGAGGAGAGGAAGACCGCAGAGGUUUCACCAGAAAGUCCUCCGUCUCCACAGAAACACGACACCAAGACGGAGCUGACGGACACCGUCGUCGAUGGCGACCUGACCGUGACCGAGUCUGAUCAGGACGAAGACUUGAAGACUCAGGAGACGCUGGGCAGCCCAGAGGACAUCGUCCAGACGUCCAUCAGUGCGCUGCGGCGCUCCUUCCUGGAGGGAGAGCAGGGGGGCGGCGGCAUGACGGAGUGGGACAAACGCCUGGCCGCGUCUCCGCUGCGCCGCGCCGACGACGCGCCCAUGAUCGAACCGCUGGAGCCGGAGGAGCCCAAACUGUCCUUCGAUGAAAUAUCUCCAGAACUGACGGCUCUGCUAAAGUCCACCAGAGAGCAAGAGACCUUCAGGGAACACAACCUGCUGAAGACGUCGGAGAAGGUGGAGACGGUCUUUGUCCUCCCAGAGUCCAGGGACCAGGACCAGGACCAGGACCGGGACGUCGCAGAUCGCUUUAAGGAAGUCCCGGUGAUGAGGAAGACUCUGACCUACGAAGCUCCCGGGAGCCACGGCGGCGCUGAUCCCCCCGCCGGCCUCCUGCUGAGCUCCCAGACCUUCACCGCAGAGACGUCCAACACCACCACCACCACCCACAUCACCAAGAUGGUGAAAGGAGGAGUUUCAGAAACCAGAGUGGAGAAAAGAAUCGUCAUAUCAGGAGACACCGAGGAAGACCAUGAGCAGGCCCUGGCGGCGGCGCUGUGCGAGGCGCGGCGGCAGCAUCCUGAACUGUCCGUCACCAGAGUCGUCGUCCACAAAGAAACGGAGGUUCCUCCUGAUCACAUGAUCAAUUAGUGAUGUCACAGGCAGGACUGAAUGUUGAUCCUCUGUUGCAUUAUGGGAGUUGUAGUCCCCAGCCAAUCGCACCAAGCGGAUUCUGACCCCGACUGGAGCGAAGAACUCACCACAUGAAUGCAUGCACAAACACACACACACAAACACACACACACCCUGGCGCUGUACGCUGCAGGUGGACGUUGGUCUCCAGGUGAAGCUGUCAUGUAUUUAAGAAGCCCCGCCCCCUCACACACCUCAAGCCACGCCCCCUGACUGCUUCAGGAAGCCUUCUGAUUGGCCGACUGACUCAGGUGUGCUCCUGACUGACAGUUCGAGAACCUACCGAGAAGCUUUUAUUAUGAAAAUCUGCUUCUUGCCUCCAUCGCUUGCGCAGCCAAAGCUCAGCCAGUAUUUACCCAUGAUGCAACAGGAAGUGCCAUAGAGCUCGGAGGAAGCAGGUCUGAUCCUGAUGGUCGGCUCUGUUGGAGUGAACUUUGACCUCAGUCUGCUGUGGUAGACGCUCUACAGGAGAGCCCUUCAAAAUAAAAGCCCUGGUCGGAGUAGGAAGGUGUUGGGAUGGACUCUUAUUUUGAAAGGAAGUCUUCAGUGGUAGACACUAGUUUCACCUGUUUGUUAUAUUUUCUUCCACUUCCUGUCACAUUUUUGGACUGGGUCGGUUCUGCUUGGCAGGUUCAGAAUCUCGGCGAUCCGUUUCGACCAUCAGAACACCAGCCUGUCUCACCUGGGCCCGUCACCAUGGCAACUGAUCCUGAUGCAUGUUAUCUGGAUCUGCGGUAAGAGAGCCAGAUUCUCACCUGGAUCUGUUGCCAUGGUAACUGGCAGGAACUGAUGGUACCGGGUCAACUGAACAGGAAGUGGUUCCUGUUGGGUCAAUUGAUUCAGGUGAACCCGCCUGCUGGAACCGAUCCUUCCUGUUCUUUAUUCUGGAAAAACUGUUUUUAUUUAAGGAACUUUGUUGACCUUUGACCUCUGACCUCAUUUCUGUAUUUAUGGCCUCAGACUGAACCAGCACGCCCCCUGGUGUCCGGUUUUAUUUUCUCACCUUCAUCACUGAACUUUAUUAAAAUGAAGAAACAAACAA